AUGGGAAUGGGACCACCGAUGCGAGGUCUACUACAGGUUUUCACCCGCCACGCCUCAACGCGACUUCGCCCACAGACAACCAGACCAUGCCUCAGCCUCGGUCGGUCGUCGUCACGUUACCUGUCAAGUCAGGGUCAAGGGAAGGCAGGCUUGAUCAAUAACAUCAAAGUACUUGAUCUCUCUCGAGUGAUUGCUGGUCCUUUUUGCGCGCAGAUCCUGGCAGACUAUGGCGCCACGGUCAUCAAAGUCGAGCAGCCUCAGAAAGGAGAUGAUCUCAGGCACUACAAGCCCCCAGUGGAAAAGGACAACUGGGACCCCAAGCUAGGUCCAAUGUCCAACUUCUUCGCGGCGUGUAACCGCAACAAACGCUCGAUAUGUCUCGACCUGAAGAGCCCCAAGGCGCACGAAAUCCUGUUCGAACUGGCAAAGGACGCCGACGUCAUAAUCGAGAAUUUCGUUCCCGGCAAGAUUGACGAGCUCGGUCUGGGAUAUGACAAGUUGAAACAAGUCAAUCCCCGGAUCAUCUAUGCUAGUAUUUCAGGUAUAGCUAUAUCCUUCACCUCACUGGCGCUGGUUCCCCAAGUCACUAAGCGGAGCUGCAUAGGAUACGGAUCCAAAGGACCCUGGGCCAAACGAGCCGGCUACGACAUGAUUGUAGGUGCGGAGGCUGGACUCAUGCACAUCACCGGCCCACGCGGUGGACCGCCGACCAAACCCGGCGUCUCGAUCAUCGACUUGUGCACGGGGCUGUACCUGCACGGGGCCAUCCUCGGAGCAUUACUGGCGCGCCAGGAGACGGGUCUGGGCCAACGCGUGACGGUGUCGCUGUUCGAGUCGAUGGUGUCGCUCCUGAUCAACGUGGGCAUGGACUGGGUCAACUCGGGACAGGAGGCCCAGCGGUGGGGGACGGCGCACCCGAGCGUGGUGCCCUACGACGCGUGGAAGACCAAGGACUCGCACGUCGUGACGGGCGCGUCGACGGAGCGCCAGUGGCGCCGGCUGUGCGACAUUCUCGGUCGGCCGGAUCUGGUCGACGACGAGAGGUUCGAGAACAACUCGGCCAGGGUCAAGAACAGGGAGGUCAUCACGCCCAUCCUGCGCGAGUGCUUCGAGAGCAGGACCACCGACGAGUGGCUCGAGCGCUUCGAGGGGAGCGGCAUGCCCUACGGGGCCAUCAACAACAUGGAACGCGUCUUCAAGCACCCGCAGAUCGAGGCUGGCGAGAUGCUUCAGCCGGUCGAGUACGAAGGGUUGAAGUCGGGCGUGCUCAAACUACUCGGUCCGCCCGUGAAGUUCUCCGAGGCCGCCACGCCCGUCAAACUCCGCCCACCGCUUCUGGGCGAACACACCUCGGAAGUCCUGAGGGAAAUUGGACUUUCCGACGCGGCCAUAGAAGACCUCCAGAAGACGGGUGUCACGCAAUAA